AUGCAUAGGCAUUUAUACCUACGUCAAGUUGCGGAGUUCAUCGGGAUUGCAUUUCUGUUGACUGUGCGGCCGACUGUUGGACUGAAAGCGCCUUUGCCACAAGUUACCGCUGAAGUCCUUCUGCUGGAGAGGUCCCGGCUCGAACUCGAAGAGGCUAUGAGCAUAUUCAACAACCCUGACAUCCUUCAAGGCGCUAUAAGAGGGGCAAUGCUGCCCCGGGUCGGCGAGGAAACAACAGGAGGAGGAGCUGCGGCCAGAUUCCAGCAGAUGAACGACAGGUCCGUCAUCGUGUAG